UCCAUUCCCGUUGUAUUCUUUGGUCGACGCGUAGGAAAUUGCCGAGCUCAGCAUUCUUUUCCACAGGCACUUAGGAAGGAGGGAAGGAAAAAAAAAAACAAACAAAAAAAAACGGGAUGAGUUGGGCGGGACGGUUCCUGCUGCACCACAUUACUGGCUCCCUUCCAAUUAAAAAAGAGAGCUUAUGUUACUGAAAAGCUGUGUACCCAAUCAGGAGGCAGCGCAGGGUAAAGAUAGCUGGAUAAAAGCGAGCGGGAGAGUGGGCAAGAGGACGAAAAAAAGGAAAAAAAAGCUGCAGUGUGUGAGUGUGUGUAGUUUUCAUCCCUCCCCCCUGAGCAAAUCUUCAUCAAAUUGUGGUACUUCAGUCUUGGGGUGCAUUUGCAGGGUUGUGAGGGCUUAUGUGGUGGAGUUGUCAGAGUAAAGUGUCUCGGAGUCUGUGAAGAAAGGGAACAUCUCAUUGUCAGGGGGAACAUCCUGCACAGAAGGACUUUGGACUGAAAACGCUCACUGUGAUAACUUCCAGCUAAGACAAGAGAUUUUGGCUGAGAACAAGUAUUGCUGCAGUGGGAACAGUGCGAAGAGGACUGCAGUUUCUGGUGCUGAUGGGAAAGCGGUCGAGGCACAUCAUCAAGGCACUGUCAUUUUAACCCCAAGUGCCUGUUUGGUGAAGGGGUUUGCCCGUUGUGGAGAACAGGAUUGCGCAAUUCCCGUAGUGCUGGGACUGAGCAGCCUUAGUGAUGAAGUUUAACUUGUUCAAGCAAGAAACAACACCUAUGGUCGCAGCAAAACCAACGGGGGAAAGUGACUCGACUGUUACUCCAGCCCCCGUAGGGUUAGUCUCCACUGGAAAUGCCACGGAGCCAGUCAACAAGAACGAUGCCUUUGAUGAGAUCAAAAACAAGUUCCUGAAUGAAAUCGACAAGAUCCCACUGCCAUCCUGGGCCAUCAUUGCCAUUGCCGUGGUCGCUGCUUUACUGAUUCUAACGUGUUGCUUCUGCAUCAUCAAGAAAUGCUGUUGCAAGAAGAAGAAGAACAAGAAGGGCAAGAAGGGGAAGGGUGACAUGGGAAUGAAGAACUUAAAAGGAGAGAAACCUCAGGAUGACGAUGAUGAAGAAGAUGAUGUUGAGCCUGGCUUAACUGGAGAUGAGAAAGAGGAAGAAGUGAAGGAGAAGGAAAAGCUUGGGAAGCUGCAGUACUCCAUUGAUUAUGAUUUCCAGGAAAACAAGCUAACAAUAGGAAUUCUACAAGCAGCUGACCUCAUCUCUAUGGACAGUGGAGGCACUUCAGACCCCUACGUCAGAGUAUUUGUCCUGCCUGAUAAGAAGAAAAAGUUUGACACAAAAGUACAUAAGAAAACACUCAACCCAGUCUUCAAUGAGACAUUCAUUUUUAAGAUACCAUUCGCUGAAAUGGGAGGGAAGACUCUGGUGAUGGCCGUCUAUGACUUUGACCGCUUCUCUAAACACGACAUCAUUGGAGAGAUUAAGAUACCCAUGAACACGCUGGACCUUGCAAAACCAAUUGAAGAGUGGAGAGACCUUGACAGUGCUGAUCAAGAAGAGCCAGAGAAGCUUGGUGAUAUUUGCAUCUCUUUACGUUACGUCCCGACUGCUGGCAAACUCACCAUCUGCAUCUUGGAGGCUAAGAACCUAAAGAAAAUGGAUGUGGGAGGACUAUCAGAUCCCUACGUAAAAAUUAACCUGCUGCAAAAUGGAAAGAGGCUGAAGAAGAAGAAGACGACAGUAAAGAAGAAUACUUUGAAUCCUUACUACAAUGAGUCCUUCAGCUUUGAGAUUCCUCUUGAGCAAAUGCAGAAAAUCCAAGCCGUCAUCACAGUGCUAGACUAUGACAAGAUCGGCAAGAACGAUGCCAUCGGGAAGAUUUGGGUGGGAAGCAAGUCCACGGGGGCCGGGCUGAAACACUGGUCCGACAUGCUGGCCAACCCCCGCCGCCCGAUUGCCCAGUGGCAUCCGCUGCAGCCAGAAGAAGAGGUGGAUGCCGCCCUAGCAGCGCUGAAUGCCAAGAAGUAAAAUAUAAAAAAAAAACUCCCUCCACCCGCCCCCACACUUUCCUACCUUUGCAUAUCCAGUUGUUUCACUCAAGUCCCACAUAUCAAUGUAUAUUCCAGAAGAACACCCAAAUCUGCUCCCACCAGCACAUUUUUGUCCCACAGCCAUCAUUGUAAAAGAUCCAUAGAAACUAUUUGACAUGAUGGGAAAUGUAGUUUAAAAAAAUCAUAUUAUAUUAAGUCAUGUCACUAAGAAAAGAAGACAAGUUGUAGGAUGGACAGAUACUCAGUCAUUUUUGUUUUAGAUCUAUUUUUAUAUCGGAGUUGUGGUUCCAUUAUUAAGCUUACAGAGUAGACUAUAAAAGGAUUGUUAUUUGGGAAUCUGGUGAUCUAGAGGGAUGACACAUGCAUUCAUUCAUAUUCUACUUCUCACCCUUUUUCCCUUUAGUGACAAAGUUUGCUUAGAAUAGUGCUUAACAAUAAAAUGCUUUAUACUGCCAUAUGAUAGAGAAACAACACAAGCAGGUCCAUUCCGUAGGUGUUUUGUGCACCAUAUCCCACACCUGCCAGGUAUCAUCCUAGAUGGAUUCUGUUAGUUGGAAGUACAUUCCUAGAGUUGGGUAGCAAAGUAGGGAUUAGGUCCAGUUACCCACAAACACUGCCUUUUUGGAUUAGUUACCCUUCCGCCCAUCGUCUCAGGAGAACUGAGAGAAAAACGUCAUGCCUUUUUUUUCUAAACGGGUUCUUAUUGUUAGCAGUUAUACAACGUGAUGAGAAAAAAAAUAUGUUACACUAAAAUUGUAAGAAUUCUGCUGACCUUAGGCUUAUGACUGAAGUUAGUUAAGCCACAAUUUAUUGAGUUAUAUGGAGGGUAUGACAGAUAAUUAGCAAAAAAAAAAAAGAAGUGUGCUUGUGUAUUUUAAAUUGUGUUAAAAAAAAAAAGCAAUGUCUGUCAUCUGUACUACAAAAACGUUUGGAAAUACCAGAGUGGCUACAAAAAGAGAGACUGAUCCCAACCACAGCUGACAUUAUAUUUGCAAGGUGUCAAUUACUGCCUACAGCCCUCGACGUUCCCCUCCCGACAUCUCUGAUUCUGUAUAUCACUUGUUCAGUGUUACUGCCAUUAGUCAUGGACUUGACACAAGGGUUUUUACUUCAAAGGAAUCCCUAUAACCGUCUUACAGUCAUAAAGGAGACAAGCCUUCCAAGUAACAAAAUAAGCAAUUUUCAACUACCAGGGACGCCUUCCAGUUAGAGGUGUUGUUCUCUUCCUUUCCUUUUUUUUGUUUGUUCUACUUUUUUUUCUACUUAAUACUUUAAUUUACCUUCAAACACUUUUAUUCCUUAAGCACUUUAAUUCCUGAUGUUUUGUGUACAUACGCUCAGAAGUCAGAGCUUUAACAAUUUAGGGAGAUUCAUUUUGUUGCUUUUGCUUCUGCUUACUUUGGCCUCAGCCUAUAUGUGUGUGUGUGGGUGUGUGUGUGUGUGUGUUUUGAAUUGUUUGAAUUACGAUUAUUUCACUUAAUUGCAAAAAGUCUGAAAGAAAUCGCACUGACCCAUGUGUUUUUUAUGCACAGCUUACCAAACUGUCGAUUAUGAAUUGCACUAGCAAGUAUUGUUCUGUUAUGUGGUUCCUGACACUGCUCUUAGGCGUGUUUUUCUUUUCCUGAGUGAUAUAACGUGAUGAAAUUGAUCAUUUCUGUGGCACAUACAGACAAGUCUUGUCUUGUGAAUGGAAGGGAUAAGAAACACUUUGACUUCAGUGCUGCUUUAUGGUCUCUUCCCAGAAUGAAACAAUGCAGUAUAGCAGCCAAAGUCGGUUCCAGGUAACUGUAACUGAUUUUUUGACUAAUUUAGACCCUUUCACACAUAAUGAUAACAUCUCUUAAAAUGUGAUUUCAGUUAGUCUGCUCAGGUGGACAGCUUCACUUAGAUUGAAUAAUCAAUGUGAUGUCAAAUUAUUAACUUUAUAUAUGAGCUACAAAGGUUUUAAAAAGCUGCUAUUGAGCUGUUAUGGCCACAUUUUCGACUGAUAUUGUUGAUGCUCUCUACAUAUUCCUGUCCAAUUCACCUAUCACGCAACUAUUUCCUCUUGCAAUUUAAAAAUGUGUUUCUAUAAAAACAACAAAAAUAUUCACCAUAACAAAAAGGAGAAGAGCAUCAUUCAUGAUAUUAUUGAUAAAGAAACAUAUUUACAAUUGUUGACAGUUACAAAUAUCACUGAGAUCAUUUGGCUCUUUAUAUUUGUACGUUUAGAUUCUGAGAGACGUUUUUGAGCGAAAACUUGGACUUGCAACAGACAACACACUAUUAGAGCUCAUCACCCGUGAAUAAAGUCAAUUAAAUUAAUUAGUUAAUUAGUUUUUGUGAGCAUUUGGAGCCCACUAUGCUUUUUCACAAGAAAACUUCCAGUUAGCUUUCUGUAUAGCAAAUGCAGGAACAAACAUUUUAUUGCAUUUUUUGGGGGUGAAAUUUAUGUUUUUUCUUUCUUUUAAAUUCUUUUUUAGAUAUAUAUAUAUAUAUAUAUAUAUAUAUAUAUAUAACAAUCAAAACCAAAUUUCUGUUUGUCAUCUUGCACAAUUCUUUGUUUUUAAAGCAACACUUAAGAAAAAGGCAACAUGGAAGCAAUCAAGCAACUCAUUGGUGUGUAGUUUUGCCUAUAUACAUAGUUCAUACACGUUGAUACUGCAUGUUUAUAAGAACUACUGUACAUAAGAGCAUGUUUUAGAGACGAAGCAAAAAUAACUUGUGUACGUUAAAUGGGUGUCAUUUGCCAUUUUAAUAACACAGCAAACUGAAAAAAAUGCACUGUAUAUUUUCUAAAUAGAACAAAGUGUGUAUUUAUUUUCCAUGAGGGUCAUUGGUGAGAAUGCCAUGCAAAUAUUAGAGUACUAUUACAAAUAGGAAUCUUUCCACGCCUGAAAACUCUUAAGCAAGUGUGUCGUCCAGUGCUGUGUGUGAGUUCAUGUAGAAAGAAAAAUGUAGCCGCAUGCUUGCUAUGUAAAUUCCUUGUGCUCAGAGGUUUUUUUGUUUGGCACCAUUUAUUUGCCAUUUAUUUCAUUACUGUACCUUUAAAAAAAUAUUAGCGAUUGUUAAUUAUGCUACAGUUUCAAUUUUUUGUUUUUUAAUUAGAAAGUUGUUAUAUUUUAUUUCAACCAGGGGAACUCCAAGUCUGCAGGACUGUUUCUUUCUCUCUUUUUUAGUAAGUAAUGCAUAUUAAACUUGAUGUUAUUCUGGAAUAGCUCAUUUGGAAAAACAAUGCAUUCAAUUGAUUCUAGGUGUGAUUUAUGCCAGCACUAACCAAGACUAAAGUCAUACAGACCACAUCCUACCUUAGGCUGCAUUUCCAGGGCCAAACUGUGAACAAGCCUUUUUCCACUGAACACACAUGACUUGGAGUCCUCUUUUUUCCCCUUUAUUACUGUUGCUAUCAUUUUUAAUUAGAAGAUUAUUUUUCCUCUUUCUGUUUGACUGACCUGAUACAUGUUACAGAUUGUGUCUCUUUUACUCUGUUACUAUACAAUGGGUGUACUUGUAAACAAAAUAAAUUAAUAAGAUGAAAACAACUAAAAGCCAUAAAACUCAAGCACUAACUCUUUAGAGCUCUGCUGAACAGCUAGAGUUUAUUUAUGAGGGAACAAAAAUCUGACAUCUUCAUUUUUCCAUGAAUAAUGUUCCUUCUUGCAUUACUUUUCUAAAAUCUUUGUUCAACCAGAGGGAGAAAACCAUUCUACUGUCUGUGUAAACGUGGAAAACAGCUGCCAAUUUUGGAGAGCAAGUGUUUUUAUUGUUGUUUUUUUAAGCGGCUGGUGUCAUUACGUUGGUGAUUUUACUGGGUUGUGUUUGAUCAUAUUUGAUUAGCAUAAAUAAAUAAUAUUUACAAUUUAUUAUGAUAUUGAAUUCUGAGUAAUAAUGCUAAAACUAUAUAUAUGAGAGUCUGUUCCAUUUUAGGGCUGAGUGCAAUUUGUGACGCAAACUGGGUCAAGCUGCUAGUUUCUGUUCUCCCAGUUUGAGAAAAAGAAGUCAUACAAUCAAAUAAUAAUAAUAAUAAUAAUAAUAAUAAUAAUAAUAAUAAUAAUAAUAAUAGCAAAACUUUGCAUUAUUUUAGAUGUCAUUACCAACAGUCUUUUGUUCUUUUUAAUCAACUGCUCAGCAAGAAUGGAUAAAUUGAAAAAACAAAAACCAAGAAAAAAAAAAUCCCCUAAGAUUUAAGGCUGAAUCCCUCCCACAGAACUAUGCAUUUGUUUAUUUUUCAGACUUGUGUCUACAACACUAUGUCUUGCUUUCUUGCCCAGAGUUAUUUAUGACAACCUCACACAUCUGUAUAUCUUGAUGGAUUCAUAUGUGUCAAACCAUAUCCACAAAACAAUCAGCAAUAAGCCUUAUUUUUUUUAUCCUGAGACGUUAAACAUGUUUAUUUCAGGAAUUUUUACAUUACAGGAUAUAAAUUAUGUUCAGUCUUUUGCAGUAAAGCCAAAUAGAUUUAAAACAAUAGUCUUACCUCAGACUUUUUCAAAGAAAGUAAAAAAGGAAUGGCGGAGAAGAAAGUAAAAAUGUAAUAAAAAUAUUUUACACUUUAACUGAAACUUAAUCUGGAACAUUUAAGGGUUUUGUCCCUUUCACAAUAGCUAAGGAAAAUUGAUAGAAAAGUAUCAAUUUUUAAGCAGUUUAAGCAGUUAUGUUUUUAUGCCAUAUCUGCAUCAAACAUUUAUUAAUUUAUUUUGAAUUAUAUAGAAUUAUUUCUUGUUUUAAGAUCGAAGUGAAAAAUAAUUGUUUUAGGUUGUUUGUAUUUAUGAUGAUAAAUUUUACGUAAGAAACUUAAGAAAACAGUAUAUUUUAAUAGGUCAACAAAAUUUUACAUUUCUAGACAAAUUUCAUUUUAGAGAGAGAGAAAAAAGUUGCUCUUUGGAUUGAAUGUUGCUGACCCCUAUCCUAAGCAAGGGUUUGGUGACCAACACCAACAAAGUACCAAACAUUUAACAUUUCAUCUAGUUUAUGAGACAAAG